UAAACGAGAGAGACGCACCCCCAGUCCGAUUCCGAGGAGAGUAGUUGGAAGGCGGAUUGAGAUCGCCUGGAGAGUGAGGUCGCAACGAAGUGGAGAUCGUUUAUCUGCAGACUUGCGGCGCUGGAGGAACAUGCUGCGAGCAGCGGCUCUGCGAAGCGGCGGGCGGCGCUAUGACUAAGGCGGCAAAGUUCAUACUCAAGACUAUUCGCCGGUGGCUGUUGAGUCAUUCCACACCUGGGGUACGAGUCAGGCCAGGUUCUUCGCUCCACACCUGUAAUUCCAGAUCCGAUUUUCUUUUCCGAGCAGAUUUCCAUAUUUUGAUGAAAUUAAAUUCUAUUUUUUGGAAUUCAUAUCCGCUUUGUUCACAUUCAUCACAUCACUUAUGUUUCUAUUGCAUUGCAUUGGAGUCGUUGCAUUCAACCCUCGCUCUCGCUGGCUCUAAGGAUGGCUCUGUUCACAUUCAUUGCAUUACUAAUGUUUCUAUUUCAUCUUCAACAAACUUCUUUGAGGUUUUAAAGGUUGACACCUUGAAUUGUAAUAAUGUUCUCUCAUACACACGUGCCAUUGGUUGUUCAUUAAACCUUGUAAUAAUCAUCUCUCAUGUCAUAGAGAUAAGUAAACACCUAUUGAUCAUUGUUAUAUUUUUCUAUUUUGAUUCUUCAUUGAAUAUUUAUCUGGGUUUUCAAUACAAUUAUGCACCAUUUGAUGAUCUAGCAUAGUUUUAAUAUAAACUAGCUUAUUUUUUCCAAGUCUGUUUCUAGAGUGUGAGUAGUGAAAGGUACUCUUACAUUCAAGUUGGUUUCAGGUUUUAUGCUUGGAGGAGGUUGUGUUUCAAUGUCAUAUCCUAGAUGUGUGGAACGGAAAAGGCAUUGUGCAGCAUUGGAGUCGUUGUUUAUGGUCCAAGCUUCUGUCAAAUUAAGCACACUUUCUCUCAAAGUUGUGAGGUUACAUAGAAAAUAGACUUUGUGCGGUGCGAGCUAUGGCGAAUGCACAAUCAACAUGUAACGUUUUUGUGUACAGCAGCCUCCAAGCAGACGUCGUCGUCCGGGUCCUCCUCAACCGCGUUCCUCCUUCUUCCCCGACUGCCCUCCACCAUUAUCAGAGAUUCAGCAUCAAGGGACGUGUUUACCCUGCAAUUCUACCAGUAGAAAGAAGUAAAGUCAAUGGAAGUCUUCUGUGGGGGAUCACUCUUCCCGAGUUGGAGAUCCUUGAUAACUUCAAGGAUGUUGAAUAUGAAAGGAGGAAUGUUGAUGUUUCUCUUAUGGAUAGUUCGGAAUUGAAGUGUUUCAGGCUUAUACGUAUGCUUGGGAUAAUGAGGCUGAUCCAGACUUGUACGGGGAGUGGGACUUUGAGGAAUGGAAGGAUCUGCACAUGGAAGAUUUUAUCAGAAUGACGACAGGAUUUGUGGAAGAAAAGGAACAACUGGAAUCGAGGACAAGGGUUCAAACUUAUGAGUCCUUCUACAAGCAAGAAGAUGACCAUUAGAAAAGGGGAGGAUGAUCAUACAUCUUCUCUUUUGGUUACUUCAUCUGUCUUAAAAUAUAAUAAUUUGUGCUACUGUACUUUGAGUAUGUAGUAGGUGUAGGAAUAAUAAAUAAUCUUUAAGGUUGUCUUGUCUUUCUUCAAAGAAAGAUUUGUGCAGAUAAAAAAAAUGCUUUCUCUGAAUUUUUCCCAUGCAUUUAAAAUAAUUUCAUGCUCCAGAUGUGUGGCCGAGGGAUUAAUGUUGUUUUUAUAAUUUAUGUUGUUUGCCAUUGGCGGCUUGAGCCUCUGCUAUUGACAUUCCUUUCUUUGUAUUUCAGAUCAAUUGAUUGUCGGUGAAGAAAAUCAAACAAGCUAUGCAAGGAAUAAAGUGGAAGUCAUAUGUUUAUUACCCUCAUGGUCUUCAAUCCCAGCAGCUACAAACAACCCCAAAAGAUUUUGUCUUUAAAAUUAAUGGAUA